AUUAUAAGUUUGUAUGGGAAGUAUUCUUUCAUAAACUAAACAACUUUUUAAAUAUGCCACUUGAAGUGAAUUUCAAAUAAUGUUGUGAAUCGGUAAUCAGCAUAAACGGGGAGGGGCCUCGCCGAUGGGAAGCCCUAGAACUCCUUCAUUUUCAGACUCCGGCGCUAAACGGCAGGUCGGACACCCCGCAGAGAACUGCAUAUAAUAGGACCGACCUGAAGUUCACGACGAAAACCAGGGGUCUGGGCUCUUUUUGGGGUGGAGUUGUCGGCAACCAAAAGGAAUGUAUGCGGGGCAAGCAGACUCGUAGCUGGAUCUAUCUUGGGCUGUACCGGCGAAAGCUGUCGCCUACACAGCGGUGCAUAAAAAAGGCAAGAGGAGCAGAAAAGGAAGCCUCGAAGUGGGUUUCGGCAGGGUGAGACAAUUGAAAAGUUGAAAUCCCUCCCUUCCUCUACCUGUCGGCCCCCCCCUGCACUCUGACCUGUAACCCCAACCUCGCCUCGGACCAUGGCGCACCGAUCUCAAAGCUCCUCGGUGGGCGAUAACCCUCUCGACCCUAACUACCUCCCCCCUCACUACCGUGAGGAGUACCGCCUGGCAAUCGACGCGCUGAUCGAAGAGGACUCCCAGGGUUACUAUGAGUUCCUCCAGAAGGCCGACGUGGUGCCCUUCCUGGCACAGCCCGAGAUCGAUCACAUCAAGUCCACCCUCCAGACUCCCAGCCAGAGCCAGUCUGCCAGUAUGCCAGAGCUGACCUACCAUGAGGGAGUUAUGGAGGACGAUGGAUCAUCUGACACCUACUGGCCAGUGCACUCCGACCUGGACGCUCCAGGCCUGGACCUGGGAUGGCCCCAGCAGCAGCACAGCUUCAUAGGGCCCACGGAGGUCACCACCCUGAUCAACCCCUCGGACCCUGAGAUGCCCAGCAUCAAGGAGCAAGCCAGGAGGCUCAUCAAGAGUGCAUGUCAUGUUAUCGCCGUGGUGAUGGACAUCUUCACGGAUGUAGACAUCUUCUCUGACCUCCUGGACGCCGCAGCCCGCCGCGUCCCUGUCUACAUCCUAUUGGACGAGCAGAACGCCCAUCACUUUGUUGCCAUGGUGAACAACUGCAGGGUUAACUUGGACUUGAUUCAAAUGAUGCGUGUGAGGACUGUGGCAGGAAUAACAUACUACUGCCGAACGGGGAAGUCUUUCAAGGGACAGGUUAAAGACCGCUUCCUCCUGGCUGACUGCAGAGCUGUCAUCAGUGGAAACUAUAGCUUCAUGUGGUCCUAUGAGAAGAUACACCGCUGCAUCGCCCACCUCUUCCUCGGGGAGCUUGUCGCCAGCUUUGAUGAAGAGUUUCGUAUUCUCUUUGCUCAGUCAGAGCCUCUGAUAAUCGACCAAUCAAUUGUGCCACAUGGCAACCCAGAUUAUCAAAGCAGUCAGUUUGGUUUGAAGCGAUCCCAGUCAUUGCUGAGCAACAGGGUUUUUCCACGACAAAACGAGCUUCCCUCUGCCUUCCCCUACGGAGAAUCUGAUCGGAAUCCUCUCGCGUUUCGAAGGAACGAACCCUUUCGACACUCGAUGGAACCCACGGCAGGCAUAACAAUUGGAAAGUAUGCACAGCAGCAGUUUCAUCUUCAGCAAUCGUACUUAGAGCAGGGAAGGUCCAUAGUCUCUAGACAGAUGGAGCUGAGCUCUACUGGAUUCAAGAGACACAGCUACGCGGAAGGCACCCAGGAGAGCUACUCGUCGUCAAAGCAGUACAUGAAACACAGAGUCAUGAAUAAUCUGGAAGAGACUGAUUAUCAGAGGGAGCAGACCCAACAACGGUCUUAUUACCAUGAGGGGCCGGAACAUGGAUCUGGCCAUGGACAUUAUGACAGACUCCAAAUGCAUGCUUCGAAUCUCGCCUUAGAUCAGCGUUCAGAAUCAAGCUACACAUCUGAACCACCUGUCGUUGGAGGCUACAGUCGAGAUUACUUCUCGUCGGAUGACCUGAAAGGACCUGAAGGGCUCCAUGGACAUCACGAAGCAGGGCGAUAUGAAGGAGUUUCAACACAGAAGAGGCCCACCAUAGGCCAACCCUUUGCAUGCCAGAACUCUCCCACGCACCCUCCAGAGAAACAGCCGUUCCUGAAGCCGUCUGAACAGGAGCGGGAUCAAGACCCGAGCGCCAGACAGGGCAUGAGGAGUUGGAGGAUCAACUCCUUCCUCAGCACGUACGAGGACGGCGGAGAGGAAGGCCUACCUCAGGCUCUAGGCCCGGAUGCAUUUGAUGAUGAUCCAUCAGCUCAACAGGUAGCGGACCCUCAACGUUCCACAAAUCGCUACGGGAAAAAAGAAAUGCCCUCUAAACCAGAUGUUCUGAGACCACGCUUUGGGAAACCCGUUUUACAUGACAACAGCGAGAAAGACUCUGGCCCAACCAGGGAUCUGCAGCCCAGCACUACCUAUAGUCACCACAUGAUGGAGAAAGAAAGAGAGAAGGAGAGUGACAUGGAGAGGGACAGAUUGGGAGCCAGGGAGGGAACAGGAGAUGUGGAGAUGAAGGAGGGUCCAGAGGUCUCUGUUUCCAAGCACGAGUCAUUCCGCACCCGUGUCAACCCGAUGCUCAUGAGAAGCUCUCGGCUGCGCUCCUCCCUUAUCUUUUCCUCCUCAAAGGUGGAGAAGCACAGCGGGGGCCUGGGUCUUAACCCCGCCACAGAGGAAGACGAGGAUCUAGACCAUAUCCGCACCACCUCUAUAGUGGCUCAGAUGCUUGAGAAGAGGAAGCCCUUGAACCGGGAGCCUUUUGAGUGGAGGAAGAAGACAGAGGAGAAGGACAAGGACGAUGAGAAACAGAAAGUACCGGCCAAAGAGAAGGGGGAGACCAGCUUUAAAGACCUCAAAGAUAAAUUUCAGAAUGCAAGCCAAGAAAUUAAGACUUCCCCAGCUGAAGCGCCCUCCAAUGUCACUGCAGGUUCUUUGAAAACUCAACAAGAAUCAUCAUUGAAUAUGAAUGAUCCAGCUAGUCGCCUACAGUAUUUUAAAGAUUUGGCCGCCAAGAGAAAAACCUCAAGGACGGAGACAGAAACAGCACUCAAAGCCAUGGGGCCAAUUGAAAAGAAGCCAGACCUUUUGGAUAAAACACAUCAUAGCACAGCCACUCACGACAUCCCAUCUGUUUCUGUUAACCCACCAGAACCUGAACCCAAGAAGUUAGACAUCUCAUCUAGGCUAGCGGAGCUCACUCGCAGAUCGUCUGUCAGUGGAAACAAGCCACCUGCGGUCUCGACCAAGCCGUCAGUAAACCAGCUGAAGCCAACAGAGCCAGAUUCCACUCGGAAGGCGGGGAAUGGGUCAGAAGUUCAGAAGAAGGACCCUUUCAAGUCUCUGAAGCCCUUUCCCUCUCCAAACAUCUUCCGAAAGGACCCGUUGAAGCUCAAAGCACUGAACCCUCGUCGGGUCUCUAGUGGUGAGGACAUGCUGACAGCGGAUGCAACCGACGCAGAGAAGAGUGAACUGAAGAAGAGCCGCUCGCACAGCUCUUCAUCCAUGAUGCGUUCUGACUCAAGGGACGUACUCAACAAGAAUUGUGGCUCCAAUACUUCCAUCAACACAAUAGGGAGUGAUGGCAAGAGUGAGGGGAAGCCUCUGGAUUUCCUCAAGAAGCAGACGCAGAGGUUAAAGGGCUUCCUUGUGCCUAAGGAUAAGGACAAGAAAUCUGCUGCUAGUGCCGAUGAAAAGACCAUGAGAACUGUGGUGGAAAUCACUGAAGACUCCAGCAAAAAGUCAAGCACGUCUUCUCACACGGGACCAAGCAACCAUGACCAACCCAACGCUAACCACAAAGUGUCAGCGGGAACCUCUGGACCAUCGCGGUACCAGUCCACCGGUGGCUCGGUGCUGUUCAGCAGCAACCUACGAGACGACACCAAGGUCAUCCUGGGGCAGAUCUCUGCCAACAGUCAGAAGAACAAAGCAGGCGGGGCCAAGGAGGGCGACCCUGGAGACGAGGGCCUGGAGAGACAGAAUUCAUUGAGGAAGACUCUCUUUUCGCGACCCCAAGCCAACCCACAGGAGAGAGAGGGCCUGCUGAAGAGGAUGGAGAGUAUGAGGAAGGAGAAGAAGGUGUACAGUCGCUUUGAGAUGGGGAACAACCUUGGAUAACUAAAGAUGACUGACACUUUUGGCUUGGAAAAUCUAUGCAAAUGAACAAAAAGACUCUUUCCGUAACGUGCCAACAACCCUAUAAAUGUACCUCAACAGCUGCCCAUUCAAGCAUUACUGGAUUUUCUUACAAAGCAAUAAACCUAGUUUUGAGUGUGCAGUUGUGGCAAGCAUUGGCACCACAUUUAUUUAACCAUAUAUGGUGAAAGAAUGAAAGGAGCGUGACCUGACUCUGAUACCGACUGCUUUCGGCAACAUUUCACCAAGCAAUAAAAAGCCAAUGCUCUUAGAGAGACGUUAGGCCCUUGUGGGUAUAAAUAUGCACAAGUAGGCUGCAAGUAAGUGGUGCGGAGAAUUUUUUUACAUCAAACAAUGUCAUGUACUUAAUAUGCAACUGGAUUGAACAAGCCUGUGCAGAACAGCACAUUCCUAGUUCCGGUGCGCCCGUGUCUAUAACAGACUAUUGACUUAGUAAAGAAAUAAAUGGUAAUGCGGAAAGUAUGCCUCUUGGGAGGGGACAUUUUUAGAAAUGUCUCAAAAUUGAGAGCAGAAAAAACAUGAGUAUAUAUAUCAAGCAAUUCCAAUGUUGAGUUCGGUAUCCGCAGCACUUAUAAUAUUUCUGUAGAAAGGUGGGAUAUAGAAUACGUUUGGUUAAAAAAUAAAGAAUGUGCCUUUCGAAAGGGUGGGGCCUCUCAGGACUGACUUUUAAAAUCAAUUCAGGGAAGGGCUAGGCCUGCUGGAGCACAUCUCAAGGGAAGAAAGCGUGGGUUACUAUCACUGGUCCUUUCUUCAAAACAAUGCUGGUGAAAGUUUGCCUAUGCCCUGAUCCACUCAUUACUUAAGGUGGAUUGUACACCACUGAAAUAAAUUCUUUAUAGGACUAUGCCAGAUGCGUCAUCCAUUGAGUGGAUAGACUCUUAAUGCUGGACGAAGGCCAAGCUGAUGACACUCACAAAUCUUCUCCGACCUACGCCCUGAGCAGGUCCACUAACCUGUUUGUCUCUCCAUUGGACCAAUGACGUGGCUUUGAGGCUCAGUGAGCACUAGUCUUAAUGUGUACUAUGUUGAGACAUUGAGGGUCCAACAGAGUUCUUCAGCACUAAGAGGAUAUUUGAAUAUGUUUUCUUCAAGGAAUAUUAUUGUAAAUAUUAACAUGAAUAAGGGCUUGGUGAGGCUAUUUAUACAGUAACUGGUAACGAGUAGGUUAAAUAUUUUGUAAAUGUCUUAUAGUAUCUAAUACCAAUUAGUUUAAGUACAUUAUCAAAGAAAUAAUGAUUCACAAUGACAACAAAUCAAUUUGCUGAACAGAUUUCUUUUUUUAAAAAAGUGAAUUGUAAUAUAUGUUAGAAUAUUUUGCUGCAACAAAGUCAUCUAUUAAAUGCGCUAAAAAAUAAUUUGCUUUUGUUGCUGUAAUCAGUAUUGAUGACCUCCACAACUUCAUAAAUGCCAAAAAAAAACUACUAGUCCCUAUCUCGUUUCUUUCAUAGCACCAUAAUCAGAUAAGAUUGUGGAUGGUUGUUGUGAGAGGGAAAGGGAUAUCAAAAGAUCUCAAGAUCUCACAAAAUUAUACCUGGCCAGUGGUUGCACUCAGCCAGAAGGGAGUCAUAAUAAUAUAUCAUAAGAUCUUGACGAGGGAACAAGAAUUAUGGAUGCACCUCCCUAAUGAUUCUGGCCGACUGUUGUCAGAAUAUAUGUCAUAGUGCUAGUGCUUUAAAUCGAUGAGGAUUUGGUUUGAUGGCUUUCCCCCAAGGUGUGUAUAUAUUUGUACAAAAAUGUAUGAAUAAGAUAAGAUAAGAUAAGAUAGACUUUAUUGUCAUUGUACAGUCACCUAUACAACGAAAUUGGGAGUGCCAACUGAAGGUGCAUUACACAUACAAAAUAAAUUAAUAAACAAGCAAUUUAAGUUAAAAAUUGUGAAAAAAACAAGACAGAAAUAAGAAAAACAUUUGGAACAAGACAAGGACAGGUGAUGUCAGAAUAAAUAAAUAUAAAGGCCGUAAUCAUAUUGCACUUUAUAGAAAGUGAGGAAUCUGUGUUUCAAGUUUCUUAACGUUUUGUAGAUGGCUUUCAAAUAUAUAAAAUCUAUACAAUAUAAAAUGUAUUUCCAUCAAGACCUAAAAACAAAAUUUUGUCCGAACUGUAUAAGCAUCAAAUAUUCAAUCUGGGUCAUUCAAUUUAAUCUUGAGUGACUAUUUAUUAAAGCUGUUUAUAAAUAAAAAAAAUUUAGGAUAGUCACAAGGCCAAAUCAUCAUCGUUGACCUACUCAGGUCAUGCACCAUGACCUGAGUACUCCUACGUAACAGACAAAUAGGUUCUGACAACGGUAGGAAUAUAUCAUUAGUGAGGUCUAUCCUUACCUGUGGUUCUCUAAUAGAGAACUUCAGAACAUGAUGAUUGGAGAACUUAUGAGAUAUUAUAUCUUCUUCCUUCCUGGCUGAGCGCAACAGCUCUCCAGGUUUCCCAUAAGAAACUAUAUGAAAAUGUUAAACAAAUACAUAUAUCUGUAAUACAGCCUACAUCACAGGUGUGUACUGUCCUCAAAACAAACGGACAAUGAAGUCCCAAUCUCUUUCGUAAUUGACAGGCUUUUGAGUGGCUAAAAAUUGUCAAUGGGAGUUUAAGUUUUUAGCUUUUUAUUGGUGGAAAUAGGAGGCGAUAAAGAGACUUUAUCAACUGCAUAUUUGUGAACGAGCAAACUCAUCGAGUGAACUCCAUCAAACCUGGUUCAAGAGCUCUUGUGAGAUGUAAUGAUAUCUCCUUCCAGACCUGGUGCCACAACCUACGUGGACCUAUUUUGAUUUAUAAAUGAUUUGUAAAAUGCUGCUGAGUUGAUGGUGAUAUAUCAUUAGUUACUUCUGUUAUAUCUAGACUGCUCUGUUUCUCAGUCACCAUGUCGUAAUUACACAAUUUAUACUGAACUCAUCAAUCCAUUUGUUAUUGUUGUUCCGUUGCCAAAAAGAUUAAUUUCAAACUUCAGCAUCAUUAGCUGAGGUUAAAGACAUCUCAUCAAAUUUAAUUUAACGUUUAAGUCAUGAAGGUAAAUCAUCAUUGUUGACUUAAGGUAGCACCAUGACCUAGGUACUCCUAUGUAAAAGUAACAAUUGUUCUGACAACGGUAGGAACAUAUCAUUAGUGAGGUCUAUCCUUACCUGUGGUUCUCUAAAAGAGAACUUCAGAACAUGAUGAUUGGAGUUCUUAUGAGAUAUGAUUAUAUCUCCUCCUGGAUGAGCGCAACAACUCUCCAGGUUUCCAUUCUGACUAUAACAAAAUGUAAAACAAAUACAUCUAUCUGUAAUACAGCCUACAUCACAGGUGUGUACUGUCCUCAAAACAAACGGACAAUGAAGUCCCAAUCUCUUUCGUAAUUGAGUGGCUUUUGAGUGCUUAAAAUUGUCAAUGGGAGUUUUAAUUUUUUUGUUUUAAUUGGUGGAAAUAGGAGGCGAUCAAGAGACUUUAUCAACUGCAUAUUUGUGAAUGAGCAGACUCAUCGCGUGAACUCCAUCAAACCUGUUUCAAGAGCUCUCGUGAGAUGUAAUGAUAUCUCCUUCCAGACCUGGUGCCACAACCUACGUGGACCUAUUUUGAUUUAUAAAUGAUUUGUAAAAUGCUGCUGAGUUGAUGGUGAUAUAUCAUUAGUUACUUCUGUUAUAUCUAGACUGCUCUGUUUCUCAGUCACCAUGUCGUGAAUACACAAUUUAUACUGAACUCAUCAAUCCAUUUGUUAUUGUUGUUCCUUUGCCAAAAAGAUUAAUUUCAAACUUCAGCAUCAUUAGCUGAGGUUAAAGACAUCUCAUCAAAUUUAAUUUAACGUUUAAGUCAUGAAGGUAAAUCAUCAUUGUUGACUUAAGGUAGCACCAUGACCUAGGUACUCCUAUGUAAAAGUAACAAUUGUUCUGACAACGGAAGGAAGAUAUCAUUAGUGAGGUCUAUCCUUACCUGUGGUUCUCUAAAAGAGAACUUCAGAACAUGAUGAUUGGAGUUCUUAUGAGAUAUGAUUAUAUCUCCUCCUGGAUGAGCGCAACAACUCUCCAGGUUUCAAUUCUGACUAUAACAAAAUGUUAAACAAAUACAUAUAUCUGUAAUACAGCCUACAUCACAGGUGUGUACUGUCCUCAAAACAAACGGACAAUGAAGUCCCAAUCUCUUUCGUAAAUGACAGGCUUUUGAGUGGUUACAAUUUUUCAACGUGAGUUUUCGUUUUAGGUUUUCAUUUGUGGAAAUAGGAGGUGAUCAAUAGGCUUUAUCAACUGCAUAUUUGUGAACGAGCAGACUCAUCGAGUGAACUCCAUCAAACCUGGUUCAAGAGCUCUCGUGAGAUGUAAUGAUAUCUCCUUCCAGACCUGGUGCCACAACCUACGAGGACCUAUUUUGAUUUAUAAUUGAUCUGUAAAAUGCUGCUGAGUUGAUGGUGAUAUAUCAUUAUUUACUUCUGUUAUAUUUGGACUGCUCUGUUUCUCAGUCACCAUGUCGUGAAUACACAAUUUAUAGUGAACUCAUCAAUCCAUUUGUUAUUGUUGUUCCUUUGCCAAAAAGAUUUAUUUCAAACUUCAGCAUCAUUGCCUGAGGUUAAAGACAUCUCAUCAAAUUUAAUUUAACAUUUAAGUCAUUGUUGACCUAAGGUAGCACCAUGACCUAGGUACUCCUAUGUGAAAGUAACAAUUGUUCUGACAACAAUAGGAACAUAUCAUUAGUGAGGUCUAUCCUUACCUGUGGCUCUCUAAAAGAGAACUUCAGAACAUGAUGAUUGGAGAUAUUAUGGAAUAUGAUUAUAUCUCCUCCUGGCUGAGCGUAACAACUCUCCAGGUUUCCAUUCUGACUAUAACAAAAUGUAAAACAAAUACAUAUAUCCGUAAUACAGCCUCCAUCACAGGUGUGUACUGUCCUCAAAACAAACGGACAAUGAUGUCCCAAUCUCUUUCGUAAUUGACAGGCUUUUGAGUGCUUAAAAUUGUCAAUGGGAGUUUUAAUUUUUAUGUUUUUAUUGGUGGAAAUAGGAGGCGAUCAAGAGACUUUAUCAACUGCAUAUUUGUGAAUGAGCAGACUCAUCGCGUGAACUCCAUCAAACCUGGUUCAAGAGCUCUCGUGAGAUGUAAUGAUAUCUCCUUCCAGACCUGGUGCCACAACCUACGUGGACCUAUUUUGAUUUAUAAUUGAUCUGUAAAAUGCUGCUGAGUUGAUGGUGAUACAUCAUUAGUUACUUCUGUUUGGACUGCUCUGUUUCUCAGUCACCAUGUCGUAAUUACACAAUUUAUACUGAACUCAUCAAUCCAUUUGUUAUUGUUGUUCCUUUGCCAAAAAGAUUAAUUUCAAACUUCAGCAUCAUUAGCUGAGGUUAAAGACAUCUCAUCAAAUUUAAUUGAACAUUUAAAUCAUGAAGGUAAAUCAUCAUUGUUGACUUAAGGUAGCACCAUGACCUAGGUACUCCUACGUAAAAGUAACAAUUGUUCUGACAACAAUAGGAAGAUAUCAUUAGUGAGGUCUAUCCUUACCUGUGGUUCUCUAAAAGAGAACUUCAGAACAUGAUGAUUGGAGUUCUUAUGAGAUAUGAUUAUAUCUCCUCCUGGAUGAGCGCAACAACUCUCCAGGUUUCCAUUCUGACUAUAACAAAAUGUUAAACAAAUACAUAUAUCUGUAAUACAGCCUACAUCACAGGUGUGUAAUGUCCUCAAAACAAACGGACAAUGAAGUCCCAAUCUCUUUCGUAAAUGACAGGCUUUUGAGUGGUUACAAUUUUUCAACGUGAGUUUUCGUUUUAGGUUUUCAUUUGUGGAAAUAGGAGGCGAUCAAUAGGCUUUAUCAACUGCAUAUUUGUGAACGAGCAGACUCAUCGAGUGAACUCCAUCAAACCUGGUUCAAGAGCUCUCGUGAGAUGUAAUGAUAUCUCCUUCCAGACCUGGUGCCACAACCUACGAGGACCUAUUUUGAUUUAUAAUUGAUCUGUAAAAUGCUGCUGAGUUGAUGGUGAUAUAUCAUUAUUUACUUCUGUUAUAUUUGGACUGCUCUGUUUCUCAGUCACCAUGUCGUGAAUACACAAUUUAUAGUGAACUCAUCAA